AAUUUAUUUAAAGGGGGGCUGGGGAUUUAGCUCAGCGGCAUAAGUGCCUGCCUUGCAAGCAGGCAGUCGCGAGUUCGAUCCCCGGUACCGAUAAAAAAGAAAAAGACAAAAAAAAAUUUAUUUAAAGAAAGACUAAACAAAACAAGAAAAUGGGUAGAAAUAAUACAUACGUUCAGAGAAAAAAAUAAACAGUAAGAAAUCACUAGUUGAUGUUUACAUACUGUCCUUUUACAAAUAGUUGUUCAAAAUACAAAAGUGGAACAUAUAAAGUGGGAAUUCAAACAGUGAGACUGCAAACAGUUCUCUUCAACUAUCCAACAAAAACUUAGUAAUAUAGUUGUCAGUCCUAUACACUUAAACAUACAUGCAGUUAUCCAUUCUUCAUUUAUGUUGGGAUUAAAAAUUAAAGCAGGCUAAAGUCAUUCUGAACAAAGAAUAAUAGCGUUGCUGGAUUUCACAUCAUGACACUCCAGGAUCAGCACUGGGUACGGUAGUGCCUUUUUAAAAAAACUUUAUUUAAAGAAAGACUAAACGAAACAGAAAAUGGGUAGAAAUAAUAAUACAUACUUUCAAAGAAAAAAAUAAACAGUAAGAAAUCACUAGUUGAUGUUUACAUACUGUCCUUUUACAAAUAGUUAUUCAAGAUACUAAAGUGGAGCAUAUAAAGUGGGGAUUCAAACAGUGAGACUGCAGCCAGUUCUGUUCAACUAUCCAACACAAGCUUAGAAAUAUGGUUAUCAAUCCUAUACACUUAAACAUACAUUCAGUUAUCUAGAUCUUCAAUUAUGUUGAGAUUGAACCAACCCAAGCAGUCUAAUAUCACUCUGAACAAAGAAUAAUACUAUUGCUGGGUUUUACAUUAUGACACUCUAGGAUCAGCACUGGGUACUUUAGUGUCUCUUUUUCUUCAAAGUAUCUGUUCAUUUCUUCAUGUGUUGUAAGAUCAGUUCUCAUAUACUGUUUAUAGAUUCUACACAUGCAUGAGUCUUAACAUGUAUUUCUAUCCUUUCUAUAUUAGAGGGGGGAACAAAAUAAAGCAAGACAAAACAAAACGUAUUUCUAUAAACACAUGAAAUGAAAAAGACAUAUAAGAUCAUUGUACAAGGAGUUCUACUAUAGUUCCUGUGUUGUGUCUUGUUAUCUUCAAUAGAAUUGGCUAUAUCAUCAGACAUAAAUAAUUGAAUAUAUCACUACAUAACAGUAUUAAUAAAAACACAACUUUGUAUAUAGUAUAAAACUUCAAAAGCAGGCAGUUACCAAACCAGAAUGUGUAUCGUAGAGUCUUGUCAUCUUCAGUGUAGUUGCUUAUACUCUCAGACUUGAUACUAUCCAUCAUAUCAAUUUUCAAUAAAAUCUGUCGACACCAAACAGCAAUCAAACAAACCAGAUUUAGCGAAGAUCAGUCAUGAUAAAACAGUGUAAGUCAUACAGGACUCCAGAUUAAGAUGAUAGGAAAUUAAAGAUGAUUACUGUGCUAUAUCGUGAUGUUUUUGGGAUAGCUGUCUGUGCCCUCAAAUCUAAUGCAAGUAGACAAACUGGGGCAGAAUAAAAUCUAUGAAAAAAAGAAUAAAAUCUGUCUAAGCAGAGUGGUAUGAGUAAUGUGGGUUUUAAAUCUUGAUAUACUAUUAACAAUAUCUUCUGCCAUCUUUUUUAAUAUCUUCUCCCUCCCUUUUCACUUCCCCAGGGUACAUCGUGCACUUUUGGGUCUGACCAAGACAUUUGGUUUUAAAUUGGGGGGGUGGGGUGGAGGUAACCUGCUAUUUACCUAAGUGUUUCCGAAUCUUGUCUCUCCUGGACUUGAUCUCUAAUUAUAUUCCUGUACCUAUUAAAGCCUGUCUUUCCGACUUAUCCACAAAUUCUGGUCUAGUUGCCCCUAUUACUCUCUGGUUCUCUGUCACAUAAAGCAUUGUUUUCUCAUAUUUGAUUUUCAGUCCAUGUACUCUUUUUCAUGUUAAUUAUAUUUCCUAGAAAUAGCAUCUCCGUGGACCCUGCCUCCUGAUCUACUCCAUGUGUGUUUCUUUUUUAAUUUAGUGUAUCAAGGCCAUCUAUAUUAAAGAUUAUAACCAACCUUCUCUGCCUCAUUUCUGUUAUGCUCUCUUUUUGCCAUCAGUUGUCUGCUUAUCUUCCUCAUUCUAUUUUCUGCUCCAUUCAUUGAGGCUUCUCUGCCACUCUUCUUGGAAUCCUAGUACUUUUCCCUCUCUCUAGAAUACCCUGCAGUAUUCUCUGUAGAGUGGAUUGGUGGUUGUGAAUUUCCCAAGUUCCUCUUUGUCUUGGAAGCAUCUUGUUUCUCCAUUAAUUUCUAGAGACAGUUUAGCAGGGUAUAUCAAUCUGGGUUUGAAGUUAUUUUCUUUCAGGGCUUGGAAUAUUUUGCUCCAGGCUCUUCUUGACUUGAUGGUUUAUGUCACGAAGUCUGCCAUUAUUCUGAUGGGCCUUCCUUUAUAGGUUAUCUGUUUCUUGUCUCUAACAGCUUUUAAUAUUCUGUUCUUAUAUUGAAUUUCUGGGAUCUUAAUUAUUAUAUGCCUGGGUGUGGCUCUGUUUUGGUUGUACGUGGCUGGAGUACUGUAUGCCUCACACAUCAGAAUAUCAUUUCCUUUUCCUAUGUUUGGGAAGUUUUCCUGAAUUAUUUCUGUGUAGUUCCUUUGUUUGUACCCCUGCUUCUUAAUGCAUAUUCUUUAUUCUCAAGUGAUAGAUCCUGUCAUCUUCUGGCCUUUGUAUUGUUACUGCUUGUUUCCUUGUUAUUUUUAAAAAGUUUUUCCUUUCAUAAUCUCACAUUGCAAAACUAUCCUCCAGUUUGGAUAAUCUAUCCUUAGUUUCUUUCAGGCAGAUUUGCCAUCUUUCCAUAGAGUUGUUAAUUUCCUGAUAAUCUCUUUGAAUCUGUUUCAUGUAUUCUGUAUUUUCUUUAUAUUCUUCAUCAAAUGGUUCUCUCCUUUGUUUGAGUUCCUCCCUUCUUCCAUCUGUGUCUGCUUGAGGAGUGCUUAGCAUCUCUUUUAUUAAUCUUCUUUUUUUUUUUUUUUUUUGUCUUUUUCAUUUUUAUCGGUACCGGGGAUCGAACUCACGAUCACCUGCUUGCAAGGCAGGGGCUUAUGCCACUGAGCUAAAUCCCCAGCCCCUCUUUUAUUAAUCUCCUUAUAUCUUGCUUUACUUGACUAAAUAUUUCCCUUUUGAACUUGUCUAUGAGGUCCGGAAUAUAUCUUUUUUAUGUCCACUGGUGCUGUGUCUGAUAUUGCUUGUUUGCUGUUCUCAUUCUCCUUUGUAUUUAUCUGUCCUGGACCAGUGUUCUCAGGGUUGGGACCUGGGGACUUUUUGUUGUUGCUUCCUCUUCCCAUCUUCUUUGUUUCUUUCAGGAGGCCCCAGUUUCUUUCUUUGUUGGUUAUAAUUCCUCUGAAGCAUGCCGGCCAGGCGACCUCUCCCACUGCUAAUGAGUUGCAGAAGACAGGGCAGCAUAUGCUGGUCUCUCCCCUCUGGAUCAGCCAAGCUGCUGAGGCCUCCACUGCACCAGUCUGCAUGGCCUCCCCUCUGGGUUAGUCAAACUUCUGAGGCUUCACUGCAUUUGUGUGUACCGCCACCACAGAGAACUGAUCUCGGACAACUUAUUGGUUCUCAGAUAGGUCAUGUGACCCAGUCCUAGCUCACUCCACCAAUUCUGUUUGGGAAGGGAACAACUGACUGAAGUCACUGCUGCCUCUCGUACUUGCCAGUCCUGCCCAACCCCAGAAUGUCAUCCACCAGAGCCCCCCUUUCUGUGGAAUGGCUCCACUCCCAUCACUCAUCACAGGUUGAUGCAGGCUCCCCUCCAGCUCAGCUCUCUGUUUAGCUGGCCGACUCCCAACCUCAGUGUGACUGUGCCUCCAGUGAGUCAAAGUGGCGGGAUGUCAGACGGCUGGGCAAGUCGCCCGCUGUGGCAGGAGCACUGAUCCUUUAGCUGUUCCAGUAAUAGCACUGGGACUGUAUGUUUGAUUGGUUCUUCUCACCUUAGUUUCUUCUUGGGACGAGAGAAUUCAUCUCCCGCUGUUUGGGGCUCCCCAUGAAGUAUUAUGUCGAAUUCUAAGUUGACUAUCUCAGGGAACCUCUGUAGCCAGCUGUUAUCUAUCUACCAUCUUUGCUCCGCUCAUGACUUUUACAUAAUGUACCAUUUUGUCCUCUAAUGCUGGCCUGUGUUGAAUAUGAUUCAGCAGUCACUGGCUGGAAAAAAUAAUUGAGAAAUUAAAGUUACACCAAUGAAAUUACCAUUGCAAGUGUCCAUUCACCAAAUGUCUCAUGAGGCAAAAUGGGAACAGAAAAUUGUCUGGCCUUGUUGUAGGGAUAAAAAUCUGGUGAACAUUCUCCAAGUGUCACGGGAAGCGCAUUUCAUAUGAAUUCAGGGCAUUACUCUGAGCAAAUUUUAAAAAAUUUUUUUAGUCUUAUUAGGUCAUUUUGAUAGUCUUUGGGUUAUAUAAACUGGGUGUUUAAUUUGAUGGUUCUGCCUCAAACUCUGAGAGUGGUGUCAGUGUGGAAAUGCAGAUCUAGGCCAGAUGAAAGUCAUGGCACCAGAGGCACCCCAUAAGGCAGGCAGCUUUAUUGUGUUGUCAGGCUGAGUGGGGAACAUGGAGGUCUGCAUUGCCAGCACCAUUUUGGGGAAAACGUUACUGGCUUUUUAAAAAUUUUAUUUUUAAGAGAAUUAAACCAAGCAAAAUAUAGCAGAAUAAAGUCAAUCAAAACAAGACAGUGUAAGUGACACAGGAUUUCAAAACAAGAUAAUAGAAAAUCAAACAGUGAUUACCAUAAUGCCUCGUGUUGUCUUUAAAAUAGCUGCCCAGGCCAGGGAUUUAGCUCAGCAGCAUAAGUGCCUGCUUGCCACGCACAAGGUUCAAUCCCUAGUACAAAAAAAAAAAAAAAAAAAAAAAAAAAAAGGUGUAUCAAAAUCACUACCCAUUCCUUCAGACAUAAUUAAAUCAAACAAGACAGAACAGAAUAGGACCAAUUAAGAGAAAACAAUGAAUGAAAUACAAAACUUCAAAACAAGAUAAUAGGAAAUCACCAAUGGCUAGCAUAAUAUAUCUUUUGGUGUUUGAAAUAGCUGCCCGUGCCAUCAGAUGUAAUAAAGUCAAAAAGAUAAAACAGAAUAAAAUCCAAUGAAGCAAAACAAUGAGAAUGAUACAGGAUUUCAAAACAGGAUAAUAGGGAAUUAAUGAUCUUCAGAAGAAGAUCCCCUAUCUAUGCUACAGUGUGUAUUGUUACCCUUUUAAUAGAUGAUCAGACUACUGGCUUUAGGCCUGCAAAGUCAGUGAAACACUAAAUGUUACCAGCAGUUAGUUGUAUUUUAUCUCAUUUGCUCUUGUCACAGCCUGUUCUUCUCCACUUCAGCUGUUCACUUAUCGGGGUGGAGGGGUGUUGGCCCUUCUUGUCUCCCUGCCUAUGUGCUGGAAGGGGUUGGUAUCUGGCACUUCCCAGUCAGCCCGCACUUGGCACCAACUCACAGGAGGUCUUACCUUCUUGUUAACUUCUUGUUCUCCUCCCUCACAGUCCACAAAUGACUGAAAAACAGUUCUUAUAUAAGUUUACAGAAGAGGUACAAAAGACAGAUACUGUGAUAUUUUAUAAUUGGUUACACACGUCUUGUCACAUAUUGCUAGCAGAAUUUAUACUACAUUAACUUAAUUGGGGUUACAAUCAUAUAGCAAUCAGGAAGAACCAAUCAUUGACUAAGACUGAGCUGGGUGGUCCUUGAGAGGAUACGCCUCUGGGAACUUCACCACCUGACUGAACUACACUUAUCUUGCACCUGGAAAUGGAAUGUCAUGGCUCCUUAAAUUUUGUAGCUUUCUAAUUUUAGGAACUGGUGCGCUUCAGAGUCCCAUCCUUAAAUAAUGAUCAGUAAUGUAACUGUAUUAGAAGUAUAAGUUUUAUAUUUCCUUUCCACUUACAGUGGUUCCUACAGUGUGAAUACAGAUGUGCAUCACAAAACACAGCUAUGUUAGGGCCUUUACAUUCAGUUCUGUUUACAAGGUCACAAUGUAGGGUUAAAUUACACAUCAUCAGCUAUUUGUGGUUAUGUCCAAAAAGUUGUAAUUUGUGUCCGUAGAGAAUGUGUAGUAACCAGUGAAAAAUCAAUCUUUGGAUUCUUCCAACUUUACAUAAUUUUUGUAAAGAUCAGAGUAGUGGUAUGUGUGUCCAAUAGAUUUUUUUAAGUGAUAAUUAUUCCUAGAAUCUGGAAUAAACAACCUAAACCUAUUACAGUUUGUGAAACACUAUAAAUAUCUAUCUCUUUUUAUAUACCACUUCAAAAUAUUUAUUUUUGGAAUCUGAUUUUGUGACUGUGUAAGAGACUUGGCUCUGAGUUGACGGAACUGUGUUAACUGUGGGUGAUGUGAGAAGUGAACUUGUGGCCCAUGUAUUUCUGUUGAAGAAUUUCCUACUGUUCAACAAAAAUGAUGUUUAAAUGUUGAAGUGAAAUUUGGGAAAGACAUAGGUAGAUCUUCAGUGAACUGGUGAGUUUUGGUAUUUUUCUGAAUUAAGCCUGUGUAAAAUGCGGUUUUACCUUGGGAGGAAGGGUAGGAAGCAUGAAUGGGAAUUCCUAACUCAGAUCUCGUGGUAUUGCCUGUGUUAGCACCACUCGGAAGUGAGACACCCUGGGUGUGUGGGGUACCGUGAGAGUAGUGUGUCAGCUCAGGAGUGUAUUUAAUGUUCUGAGUGUGUGUUCUGUGAAAAUACUUUUCAUGGUUUCUUUUGAAAUUUAGAGACAAACAGAAAGAGAAACAGAAACAAAGACAGACAGACAGGCAACCAGAGGCACAGAGAGAAAGAACCAGAAGUGUGUAGAAUAUAUUGUUUCAUAACUUAUCCAUGAGGAUUUGAUGAUUUUGGAAACCAGUAUACUACAUCAGAAGCAAAAAAUUAGACAUAAACUAUUUCUCUUACAUUUAUUAUGAACAUACAUAUCUCUCCAUAGAACCAUGAUGCUGGUAAAGAGAUACGGUUGUACCUACUUCUACUUUAUUCCUUUGAUUUCAUCUAACUACACUCAAGAUGGUCAAAAAAUGAAUUUUUGGUGGGGUUAUUGUUUGUUUGUUAUUUGGUACCAGGGAUUGAACUCAUGACCUUGUGCUUGCCAAGCAGGCACUUAUGCCGCUGAGCUAAAUCCCCAGCCCUCAAAAGAUGAAUUUUUGAUGUUCACUAUGGCUUUACUAUCACAACACUAAGUAGUGUGACUUGACUAAAACUGGAAUUUUGAAUGAAGUAAUAAUUGAAGUUAUUAUAGUAUGAAUAUGCUGGAAAUAUUAUUUGUCAUUUCAUUCUCCCCAAGCUAUUACACAGAGGAUUGUAGGGAGGUUUGUAUUUCAGCCCCUGACUUUAUUUAUUCCAUGGAUUCUGGCCUUGGAUUGAUUCUAGGUGUUUUGUAGGAGUGGAUUUUGAUGUCUGAAGUGAACUAGUCCUGGCAGGACUUGGGUCUCUCUUUAUAUGUUGUAGUGUCUUUGUUCCUUCAUGGCAACUGCUGAAACUACACCCUUGGUCAUUCCUAGAUCUCAGAGUGAGGAUGUGCCAGUAACCAGGACCUCAGUAUCUUUUCCUAUCCCAGUGAGGUGACUUCAGCAUGGAGAGGGUGGUUUAAGUAGCUUAGCGCCUGUAGCCAUGCUUCUCUGCAAAAUGUGUGAAUACUGGCAGUUUGCAGAGAGACUUCUGACUCUUAGCAUGUGGCACUAUGACAUUUUGGGUGUCCUGUGUGUUUUUCCACCAACAGUAGACUUGGUAUCAUUGUUUAUAUUCAGAUGUCCCCCAGAUGCCUUGUGUGUGUGUGUGUGUGUGUGUGUGUGUGUGUGUGUGUGUGUGUGUUGUUUGGAUUGUGGGGGCCACGUGCUCAGCAGCCCCCACAUACAUUGCUCGGUAAGUGGAUGUGCUGUGAGGAUCUGGAAACUAUAGAAGUGGGCCACUUGAGUGUGACUUGGAAAAGUCCUGUCCUCCAUCUUCUCCCUCCUGGAACCUAUCCUCCACCAUGCUUUUUGCCAUAUUCCCAGCUCAUCAUGGAAUGAAACCGUGAGUCGUGAAAUCUUUUUAUGGUGUGCAUAUGGCAUACUUUGUCCCAGUAAUGUGAAAUUGGGUGAGUUAUCCACUGUUGUGAAACUUAAUCCAUGUUAGAAAUACAGGAUCUCAAACCCACAAGUUAUAUUCUCAACUCUGAUUUCAUUGUGAUGACAGUAAAUUUCUAUAUUUCUAACUACUUUUUUACAUUGUAAAUGUCAUUGGUUGGUUUUGAUAAUAUGCCAAUAAAACUAAAAAAAAGAUUAACAUUUCAUUGGAUCUCAGUGGUUUAGCAAACAUGAAGGUUGCUAAAUUUCACUGUUAAAUCCACAACAUUGAAAACAGUAAAAAUAAGAAUAAGUUUCCAUUAGUGUUUAAAAUGGCUAGAAAUUUGGAGGAGGAAUUACUGAUUUUUGAAUAAGAAAAUGGAAGUUUUCAAAUAACAGCUUUCCAAAAGGAUUGCAUAUUAACCAGUACCUGAUACUUUAUUUGAAGUGGACCUUCCUCCUGUAAAUAUCCUUUGGGUAUGAGUGGAAGGAGACGUGGGUACUACUCUCACAUGAUCAGUACAGUUUUGGGUGGUUUGGAAAUGUUUUAAAUAAUGGAGUUUGUAUUGAGAUAGCUCUUUUCAUGGAAGUGUGCUGCCGCAGGGUGUAAGAACCUGUUGUCUACUUUGCCUGCAUAUUAGUUGUCAGGCAUAAAAGGAUUUUUGGUUCAGGGAAGAGUAAAGGAGGAGGAUGGAAUGUAUGAAAGGAGAGGCUGAUGGAGUGUGGCAAAGUCAGUUCCUAAACUAGGAAAGAUACACCCUUGAGGUUAAGAGUUUAGUGGUGACAGUGAACAAGCAGUCUUAUGCUGAUUCACAUUAAAUACAAGUAAAAUAUCAGAGACCCAAAUAGAAGAGAUAAGUUUUAGAAAUGUUAGGUUAAUCUUUUGUUACAGAGUUAUAUAAACACACAUGAGCUAAAACUGGAACUUAGAAAAUUGUGUCUGGCCUUGUUAUGUGUUAAAGGGAUUAAGGGAAAACAUUGUCUGUCAUUGAAUGGAUACUUUUUGUCUUGGACAUUUGCUCUCCACUAAUAUCCAUUUUUAAAAUUAGUAGUAGUAGUAGCAGUAAGUUUUAAGAGUGAGUCUCACUGUGUGGUAUACAGUGAGGGUUUACCUUAUGAUCUUUCCUGAUUCCAUGAGAAUGGUUUCAUUACAGGAGUGGAUUCUCAAACUCUGCUCUGGUGGUGGUUUUAAAAAUCACUUCUACUUGCCAAGUUCACAACCCUUGGUUAAAUUAAACAUCAUUAACUAUUUAGUUUUUUUUAAAUAUGCAUGAUAUUGUAAUUAUUUGCCAAAUGAGAAUGUGUGAUAACUCACUCUGAAAAAAAUCCUUGAAUUUUUCUGGCUGUAGAUAUUUGUGAAUUUUAGAUUACUUUUGGUUAGUACAAUUUUUUGGAAAUUAUAUUCUCCCCUUUUCUGGGAUGGAAUGUUACAACUGUCAUUUUCAAACUCUAGAAAUGUCUGUCUUUUUAUUACAGUCCAUGUUGAGACAGUUAUCUUCAUUUACGUUAAUAGGAAAAGUCCAUGUGCCAUUCCAUGGCCCUUCUUAAUAUUGACUUGUGACAAAAGACAUCACAUGAUCUGCUUUUUGAGCUGUGAACCACGUCUGGCAUCUCAGUUGGUCAGACUGGUGGUAGCUCUGGGUAACAUGAGUAUAGAAUUUCAGGCCCAUUACAGAUAGUUCUUUUUGGAGACUUAUUUGGUGAUUAGCAAACAACACACUUGAGUACAGAAGGGAAAUUGGGAAAAUGAGUAAGUCAGUCUUUAAAUGACUGUGGGUGAGUGUUGCUCUCUGCUCAGAAUUAGGCCUUUGUAAUUUAAGCAGUUUUACCAUAGGAGAAUGUUGAAGUAGGCUGUGUGGAAUCCCAGAUUUAAAUUUCCAGGCUUCCCAUGUCAUAUUCACACACCACACCCCUAAAGGAGUGAGAACCAUUGAGCCGCAUGGUCUGAAUGAGGCUGAUGUGCAAGCUCAGGAGUGUGUUUAACCUUCUGCGUGUGGGUUACCUUUAUAUCUGCAGAGAAACAGGCCUCUCCCUGGCCUGCAUCCAUUAUUUCCAUGUCUUUGGACAUGGUAAGGUCUUUGUUAUUGCUGUGUUGAUUUGUGUUGGUGAAUGUUUCUUGAAAUUCCGAGAAGACUGUUUCCUCUGCAUUGGUUAGAGGAAACAGAUGAACAGUUAACCAAUAUUCAUUGACUUUAUUAUCAAUAUUGGCUUAAGUGUAUCUUGGUUUUUGCCUUGUUGUUCUAUUAAUUAUAGAUAUAAGUAUGGUCAUCAGAAACACAACCCUUUGAAUUUCCCUUCAAUUUCAAUAUUCUUUCAUGUUAUUUGAUGCUUUGUAAGUAAAAUAUUUCUUAAGCAGUGUUAACUCUUCUUCAAGAACUGCAUUUUAUAUGAUCAUCUGAGUAUGGUAAUUCUUAUUUUCAUUUAGAUACAUAUUGAAUACUGUCAAACUAUUAUACAUUCAGUAAAUAUUGAAUCAAUGCUAGACUGGUUUAUCUUUAUGAAAACUCCAUUCUGUAUUUUUCCUUUAUGUGUCUUGUAUUUGUUACAUUUGAAAAAUAUUUAUUUUCAUUUAUAAGUGGAAAUUUAAUAUGUUUAUAAUUUAAAGCUUGAUAUUUUGAAAAAAUAUACAUUUUGGAUGGUUAAAUUAGCCAGUUAUUACAUUUCAAUUUUUAUAGAGCUUUUUUCAUUUCAGUUUCUAUUGUUUUUCGUGUUCUGUUUCAAAUAAUGUACAAUUUUUCUGGAGCUUUUCUCUCAUUUUAUUUUCAUUGCAUUUUAAAUGGUUCUCUUGUCUCCUAAGAUGUCCAGUAGGAUUUUGUCCUAGUAUUUUCUACUUUUCCAGUAUUUAUCACUAAUCUAAACUCCUCUUUGAAAUGGCCUAUGAUCUAGAGACAGGUACCUUGGUGAUGGGGACCCUGAAUUCUAAGUUGACAUGUUAUCUGUCUGAGCCCCUCUUUACCCUGCCUUGUGGACCACUUUUGGAAUGUGGAAAUCCUGCAUCCUUUCGGUUACCACUGAGAUCUUGAUGGUCAAUGAGAAUAUGAAGGUCAGAGAGCAGUAAAAAGUGCUGAGGACGAUUCAGGGAAAACUAGUACCCAGAUUUGGGGAUGAGUCUUAGUUUAACUUACGGUGUUAAACUUGCCCUUUUAACACUACUUUGUGUUGUUCUAGGAAAAGCACUGUACUCGUCCUGUUGCACUCGCUAAUAGAAUGGUGGCUGACUGGAGAUUCUUGGUCUGUGUUCCCAGAGAACACUGAUCGUCCAGAUCCCUAUUUCCUUGCAGUUUUUCUCUCUUGCUCUUUUUCUUUCUCAUCAUAUGCUGUAACUCUGUGCAGCACACUGGGAGUCACUGCAGGUGUCCCGGAUAACUGGCACAGUAAAAAUGUUUCCAAUACGUUGGGAUAGUCACAGUCUUUUCUAUUGUACUCACAAUUCAUUUCUGUCAUAUUCCAAAUCCAUAGUACUAAGCAUCAAGUAGAUUGUCGAUGUUACCAGUUUGAACAUAAUUUCUUAGUUAUAUAAUAGAAUCUGUGGCAAUAGGUUCAGUUCAUUUAUUCUUGUCUGAACUUGGAUAACUUCUGUGUUAUCUUUUUAAAUGUCUAUCUCUUUACUGCUAUUUCUACAAAUAUCAUUUGUUGCCUUUAGGUUAUCUGUCUCUGAGAGCAUCUGCUACUUUUUUAUAAUUAAGAUAUUUGCCUAAUUACCUUUGUAUAAUUAUUCACUGCUUAUUUUCAGAUCCAUUUUUCCUAGUUUAUUUUAUUCCUUUCUGAGCCGUAUCUUUCUCUUCCUCUGCAGUUUUACUGCUGCUGUUUAUUGUUCAAGGAUGAAUAUCUGAUUGCUCUCAUGAGGAAAAUGUCAAAAUCACAUUCUGCGUGGUCAUUGUUUAGGGAGGAAGAUUGGAGUGGCUGGAGUUGGGAGCUUCACAUCCAGCAAAGCCUUUGUGUGUAGAAAUGUCCCAGGAGGCAGUGACCCUCGAGGAUGUGAGUGUGAACUUCACCAGAGAGGAGUGGGCUUUGCUGGAUUCAUCCCAAAAGAAGCUCUACAGAGAUGUGAUGUGGGAAACCCUGAGGAACCUGGCUGCCGUAGGAAGGAACUCAGAUGACCAGCAAAUUGAAGAUGAAUACAAAAAUUGCAGGAAAACUCUAAGGAGUGAAGAGAUAGAGAAAUUCCCUGCAUACAACUUGUGGUAUCAGCAUGGAGAAAUGAUUGCUUUGACACCAGGUACAAAUGUGCACAUGACAGUUGUUGGUAAAAAACCAGGUGAAAGCAUUUCCUCUGGAAGACCCCUGGUUAAUCAUCCAUCAACAGAUGAACCCAUCAUGGCUACCACUGCACUCAAACCACAUGAGCAGCAGGGAUUUCAAGAGAAACUGUCUACCUGUAACAAACGUGGGAAAGCCUGCACAAAUCUCCAGUUCUUUCAGCAACAUGCAGAGACUAGUUUUGGAGAGAAACCCCAUAAAUAUAUGCCAUGUGGAAAACCCUACUCUGAUUACACUGAAGACAGUACCUUUGAAGAGAAGGCACUUAUAUAUGAGCAAGAUGUGAAAUUCUUCAUUACACCCAGUGAUGAUCAGAUUGUGGAAAGAAGUCAUAGCGAGGUGAAUACUUACACAUGUGUACCAUGUGUAAAAGAUUUAUAUUCUCACUGUGAUAUUCAGACACAUGAAAACACUCAAACUGGAGAAAAAUCAUAUACAAGUAAACACUAUGAAACAUCUAGCACUAACAAUUUAUUUGAUAGUCAUGAAAGAACUCACAUUGGAAAUAAAUCCUGUGUAUGUAAGCAAUGUGGAAAAGCUUUCAGCACACACAGUGUUUGUCAAAGACAUGAAAGAUGUCACAUUAGGGAGAAGCGCUAUGUUUGUAAACAAUGUGGGAAAGCUUUCAGAACACACAGUACCUGUCGAAUACAUGAAAGAAGUCACACUGGGGAGAAACCCUAUGCAUGUAAGCAAUGUGCGAAAGCUUUCAGGACAAAUACUAGUUGUCGAAUACAUGAAAAAAGUCAUACUAGGGAGAAAUCCUAUGUAUGUAAGCAAUGUGGAAAAGGUUUUCGUACCCACAAUAAUUGUCUAGUACAUGAAAGAAGUCACACUGGGGAGAAACCAUACUUAUGUAAGCAAUGUGGGAGAGGUUUUAGCACACGUGGUAAUUGCCAAAUACAUGAAAGAAGUCACACUGGGGAGAAACCAUACUUAUGUAAGCAAUGUGGGAAAGCUUUUAGUACACGUGGUGGUUGUCAAAUACAUGAAAGGAGACACACUGGGGAGAAACCCUAUGUAUGUAAGCAAUGUGGAAAAGCUUUCAGCACACAUGUAGAGUGUAAAAGACAUGUAUGGACUCACACUGGGCAGAAACCCUAUGUAUGUAAGCAUUGUGGAAAAGCUUUUAGCACACAUGGGAAUUGUCAACUACAUAAAAAGACUCACACUGGGGAGAAACCUUAUGUUUGUAGACAAUGUGGGAAAGCUUUCAGCAGACAAUAUACUUGUCAAGAACAUGAAAAAACUCACACAGGGGAGAAACCAUAUGUAUGUAAGCAAUGUGGGAAAGCUUUCAACAUUAAAAGUAGUUGGCGAGUACAUGAAAGGAAUCACACUGGGAAGAAGCCUUAUAUAUGUAAGCAAUGUGGAAAAGGUUUUAGCACACACAGAGAUUAUCAAGAACAUGAGAGGACUCACACAGGGGAAAAACCCUAUGUAUGUACACAUUGUGGGAAAGCUUUUAGUACAAAAAGUUAUUGUCAAGUACACGAAAGGGCUCACACUGGGGACAAACCAUAUGUCUGUAAGCAAUGUGGCAAAGCUUUCAGUACUCACAGGAACUGUCAACUACAUGAAAGAACUCACACUGGGGAGAAACCGUAUGUAUGUAGACAAUGUGGGAAAGCUUUCAGCAGACAAUAUACUUGUCAAGUACAUGAAAGAUCUCACACAGGGGAAAGACCCUAUAUGUGUAAGCAGUGUGGGAAAGCUUUUAGUACAAAAAGUUAUUGUCAAGUACACGAAAGGACUCACACUGGGGAGAAACCAUAUGUGUGUAAACAAUGUGGCAAAGCUUUCACAAGACAAUAUAGUUGUCAACUACAUGAAAGAAGUCACACUGGGGAGAAAGUAUAUGUAAGGAAUGUGAGAAAGCUUUCAACAGACAAUUUACUUGUCAAUUACAUGAAAGAAGUCUCACUAGUGAGAAACCCUAUGUAUGUCAACAGUGUGGGAAAUCUUCCAGCAACCAUGCUCAUUGUCAUCGACAUGAAGGAACACACACUGUAGAACUUCUACUUAUGUAAACAAUAUGUCAAUGUAUUCUGUGCACCGAGGUAUUGUCAAAUACAUGAAAGGAAUUAUACUUGAAGGGUUGUAUAAACAAUAGGCAAAAGCCUACUUUGCUGCACUAAGCAUCAUGCACAUUGAAAACAGAAAACUAAGUAGAUGAAUUGACACACACUGCCAUGAAUUAGAUUGGGGAGAACAUUUCCAUGUAAACAGUAAAAAAUCCUCUGUAUACAGGUAUCAUUGCCUAAAUAAAAGAAGUCAUAAUUCAGAUGGUUUGAACAUAUGUGACAGACGUGGGAAAGUAUUUUUUCUCAAAUACAUAAAAGAAUUCACAUGGGAUGGGAAUUUGUAUAUUUUCACUAAAGAGAAAAGCUGUGUAAAUGAGAAAGUAUUGUAUGAUUUUCGUAACAUCAGAAAAUAUAAAAAUUCAUGUGUCAGUAUAAACACAGAAUGUGAGAGAUCUUAAUUUUUACAUUACUUUUCAUGAAACAUGGCCUUGAAAAAGAGAAAUUUAUAUACAUGUGUAUUAAAUGGAAACACUUGUAGUCAUUUUGGUUAAUUCAUAUAGCAAAUAAAUACAGUAUUGUGAUAAACUAUUAAUAUAAGGGAUGUACACAAAUUUAUCUUAUCCUUCAUGUGAGAAGCAAUAUUGUACUAAAUCCCUGUGAACAUACAUAGUACAUUUCCUAAUCAUUUUAUCAUUUUUCAUGUUUAAAUUAAAAAAUAAGUUUUAUAAAAAUCAGAUGUAAUGAUUUCUCCGGGAAAUAUACCACCAGAGAAGAUAUCUUAAAGUAUAAGUAUUUUAAACUUAGUCUUAAAGCAGAUUCCUGCAUUAAAUAACUUUGUUUACUUUUAAGAAUAAAUGUUGUAUUCACAUAAUCCUGUACAUAAUUGUAAGCAACCACACAGGACUCUAAUAUUUUGUUUUAAAUUUAAUAAUUGUUUUCUUUAUUUUGCACUGUUAGAUUCACAGGUGAAGUGACUUGUAUUUCUUACACGCUGCUAGGCUCAGUAUUCUGUGUCAUUUUUGUUUCCUUUGUUCUGUUUUAAAUUUACAAAUUCUCAUGAAACAUGAGUCCAAAAGCAAAUUUUCCUUAAUUGUUGUUAUUUUUCCAGUUGCUUCUAUUUAAAAGUUUGCUGUAUACAGUACAUUAUUCUACCAAGAAUUUUUAAAUUGGGUCAUAUUUUAUAAUUUUAUUACUAGCAAUUUGUGUAUAAGUAUUUAAAGAUUCAUCUGUUUUCAAACAAUGAAUUAGCAAAUUUAUUUUGAAUAUUCUAAGAUCUCUAUAUAUUGCAACAUAUUUACAGAUUAUAAGCAAUGCAUAAUUUUACCUAUUUUUUCUCUGCAUAAAAACCAUUAUUUUCAUGUGUGUACAAUAUUAGUUAUUUUUAUCAUUAAAUUUCCGUUUUUGUGCUCAUAGUGCCAUUAUAUUGGUGGUAAUUUUUCAAUCCACAAUACCAAAAACUAGUGUAUUUUUGUGAGUUUUCCACUGCCAGAGAACACCAGAACCACAUAAUUUCUCAAAGAUACAAUGUAGUACAAUAUUUAACCUCUCUACAAGCUAUAAAUGUUGAUACAAUUUGUCAGCAAGAACAUUCUCAGAGGAGGAAGUUUUGAGAGUUUUGAAGUUCAUUUUGAUUAGAUGGCUUCUACUUUUGUAAUGAAGUAGAGUCUACUAUUUUGAUUUUGCAAAUACCAUGGGUGCUUUGGAAAUCAACAUCUGUUUAAACUGGAAAGCUCAAAUCAGGUAAAAUCCUUGUGUUUCAUUUUUGUUCUCUUAUCAAAUUUAGAGGUAAGUAUAUAGUGGUUUUUGUCAUCAAUAAGUAUCAGUGUCUGAUAGUGGAAGAAAUGAUAUCCCUUGUAUUGCAUAAGACUUGUGGAAGCUGUCACUAUGAGACUAUCUGUCAUCCUUGACUUAUUUGCCUUUAUUUCCUAGUCCUAUGGUCCUUUGUAAAAUAUUCUGCACUGUUUCAUCAUUAGCUGCUCCUUUUACCAUGGGGUUCUAUUACAAUGCUGCUGAGCUAAAUCCUGGGUCCAAUAUUGACUUACAUACUUAAACGUAUAGGUAAUUUCAUGGCAGUUUAGUUCUAAUUCUUAUCAUCAGGAAAUUGCACAAUGAAUACUGCUAUUCCAGCCAAAGGAAAAUUGAAACUCAAGAUCAUUGUAUCAUGAGCAUAUUUAUUUACUAUUAUUUUAGCAUCAAAAAAUAUCACUGUUACUGGUUAAAAGGAGGGUAGGGGAAUGAGGAAAAAAGAGUCAAGUUACAUCGUAUCCAGGUACUGUUAUUGUUUAUGUCUAGAUGUCCUCCAAAGCCUCAUGCAGUCGUGGGGUGGAUAGGCUGAGAUGUGCUUGAGUCUUUGGGGGGAGCCAGAGGUGAAAUGUUACGGUUUGGGUCUAGAUGUCCCCCGAAGCAUCAUGGAGACAAGGGGACAGGCUUCUAGCAUUUGUAAUUGAUGCAUUGUCCAAUGCUGGAAUUACGGGCAUGAGUGCUACACCACCCUGGGCAGGUAGCUUGCAUACAAUAUACGGGAGGGAAAGAGCCCUGCUUCCUUUUUGCUUUUGUUGUCUUCCUGUGUCAUGAACAGUUGCUCCUCUUCCAUGCUGCUCUGCCUUGAAGCCAGAUGACUAUUGACUGAAAGCUCUUAAAAAUUGUGAGUUAAAUAAACCUUUCCUUCCUUAAUUUUGAGCCUCAGGCAUUUUGUCCCAGCAAUGAGAGACAAGUAACCAGGAAAGAAACAAAUUCCCUAUGAUAAAUGUGAUCAUUGUAUCUAUAGUGUAAUAAUAAAUUAAUCUGUUAAAAA